AUGAUCGCAGACAGAGGUCCGGCAUUGAUCACCGUCUCGGUGCUAUUUACAACAAUUGCCUUCUUCACCACCGUCCUACGGCUCUGGGUUCGCAGGAAGCGCCGAGCCCUCGGCUGGGAUGACCACACCAUCGCAGUCGCGAUGAUGCUCACGGUCAUUGAGGCCGCAAUUACCAUCACAGCAGUGACGAGAGGUAAGGGAAGACCCAGUGUGUCGCUUUCCAAGGGCGACAAGGAACUCAUCAACAUGUACAGUUGGUACGCCCAGCUUGUUCUCUUUGCUGCUAUGGCUUCGGUCAAGAUCUCGGUCUGCCUGCUCAUGACUCGAAUCAAACACUCCAGCCAGAUGAAAUGGCUUGCUGGCUUCGUCAUCGCCGUUCUACUUAUUGCUGCCCUUGAGGUCAUCAUCGUCCUGUUGGCCCAAUGUCAGCCUAUUAGCCUUUACUGGCGUUCGGGACCAGGCACGUGCUGGCCUACGGAAGUACGAAUCUACUCAAUUUAUGCACAAGCUGGUAAGGCCUACGAAAGCUAUUUCCUGAUCUGA